GAGCAAAAAGUGACUAGUUGGAAGGACAAGAUUGAGACCAUGCAUAGAAACUAUUUAGAAGAAAAAGAGCUAACAAGUUCUAUAUCACACAACAAUGAUUUGGUCAAGACGGAAAUACAAGCAGCUCAAUCACAAUUGGAUGCUAUGACAGAAAAAAGUAUGGAAUUAAUGGCUUGUCUGGAAAUGGAAGAUGGUUCCCAUUAGUAUAGAUCAAAAUCAAGGAGGAGCAGGUUCUCAUCUCUAUGUAUCUUUAUAAAUAAAAGAAAAAAAUAGCGUUUGCGUUUCCCUUACCAUGUUGAAAUACUUACAACCUUCAUUCACUUUACUUGGUCGCUCAAGUAUGAAUAAAUCUUCUAUUUUCAGGACGGUAACGACCUUGACACAACCAAGCCAACAACCAGUAGAAGAACAAGUAUUAAUUCAAGAAACUGGGAAAACUCGUUCCUUUACUUUGAAUAGACCUCGAGUACUGAAUGCCAUGACAAUUGAAAUGGUGGAAACUUUCUUCCCUUGUUUACAGGCGUGGGAAAAAUCAGAAGAUGUCAAUAUGAUUUUCUUAAAAGGCAAUGGACGAGCUCUUUGUGCUGGCGGUGAUGUCAAAGCUGCUUUGGGAUUUAUUCAUCAAAAGGAUGGUCAAUUCAUUGAUAUUUUGGACAUGGAAUAUCGUAUGUUUCAUUACGUCGCCACUAUGAAGAAGCCAUAUAUCGCAUUAAUGGAUGGUAUUACUAUGGGUGCUGGAGGUGGACUAUCGGUCAAUGCUCCUUUCAGAAUUGCUACCGAAAACACACAAUUUGCUAUGCCAGAAAAUACUAUUGGUCUCUUUCCUGAUGUGGGCGCAUCUUUCUUCUUAUCUCGUUUGGAUGGACAAGUCGGUACUUACAUGGGAAUGACUGGGCAUGUUAUCAAGGCUCAUGAUGUUUUAUAUUCUGGAAUUGCUACUCAUUUUGUUCCAUCUAUACACUUGCCUGAAUUGGAAGCUCGAUUGACUGAAUUAGAUACAUCGGAUCAUGACAUUAUCAACGACACCAUCAAUGCAUUUGCAUCUGAACAAUUAGAUCAUCCACAAAUGAAGAAUCAACAUUUCACAUUAUGUGGUGACACUCGACGAAUUAUUGAUAGAUGUUUUCGAUAUGAUACUGCUGAAGAAAUUGUGGAUGCGUUGGAAAAGGAUGGAUCUGCUUUUGCAAAGGCGGCUCGUGAAACGAUCUUGAAACGAGGACCAACUUCAAUCAAAAUCACACUUGAACAUCUUCGAAGAGGGAUCCAUAUGGGUAUCACUGAUUGCAUGAAAAUGGAAUAUAGUCUUUGGCAGAAGAUGGCGAUACGACAUGAUUUUACAGAAGGAGUAACGUCGCAAUUGAUAACUCGACAACCACCUCAAUGGCAACCAUCAACAUUAGAACAAGUAGAUCACAAGGAAUUAAAAAAGGUAUUUUUUGAUACGCCAGCUGAACGAUCCAUCAAAAUGAUCUAUGACAAUGACAAUUAUCUUGUACAUCCUUAUCGCCGGUAUGUUCUCCCUUCUGAAUCGGAUAUCAUUCAUGUAUUGAAACAACAUCCUACUUGGCAACAAAAGGACCUUCUGGACCACUUUGGCAAGCUUCAACAGAACAAAUUUGGUGUAGCUGAAAAAGUGAAGGAUGUAUGGAAUAGACUUAUGUAGAAUUAGUUUGGUUUUAGUCAGUUUAUUUAUUAUUUAUUUAAUUAAUAAAGAAUCGGAAUGAAUUCACUUUAUAGAAA